AUGUCAAAUGAAACAGCGUCUAUGAGAGAAAUACAACACAACCGACAACUCAUUGUGCAAGCUCUAAAUAAGAACACAACAAACUUUUCAAACUAUUCUAAGAUAUCUGAGUCAUUGAAAGAAGGAAACUUAAAACUGACAUUAAACCCAAUGACAGAUGAGUUUCUGUUUCAAGACAAUAAGAACCAUACUGUCUGUAUAAAUCCAACAAAAGGAACUUUAAACGAGAAACCUAUAAAUGAACUUCUUUUGAAAGCAGAUGUUGACAACAAAGCUGACAAAGAAUAUGUAGACGAUGCAAUAGCAAAAGAAGAAGAAAGAGCUAACAAUGCUUAUGCAACAAAAGAACAUACUCAUCCUGAACUAGCAGACAAAACAUAUGUUGACAAUAAAAUGUCAAGUGAAGUGACAAGAGCUGAAAACGAAUAUUCUAAAAAGACUCAUACACAUACCAUUGCAAAUAUUACAAACUUACAAGAAACCUUAAACAGGAAAAGUGACGUUGGACAUACACAUACAUCUUCUGAAAUAACAGACUUAAACGUUAGCCUUGAAAAGAAGGCAGAUAAGGAAUAUGUUAACGAAAUAUACCAAAGUUUGAUAGGAACAACGAAAAAUAUUGAAACUAUUGUUGGUGACUUUUCUAUCUAUGAAGAAAACAAAUAUUUUAGAUGGGAGUUUGUACACUCCUUAAAAAAUGGUACACGGUGUAAACUCAUUCCGAAAAAUAACAAUGAAAUGUAUGUAGGCUAUAUAAAGAAUGAUGGUACACAAGUUAAAGUUCCAUUAGACAACAACUGCUACUUAAACUUAUAUGGAGACGAACAAAAGAAAUAUUUCCGAGUUUAUGAAAUGGCAGAUAUGACAUUGCCUGACCCAGCUCCAGCACCAUAUUAUUAUGACUAUGGUGUUGACGCACGUGUAGACCCAAAAAAGCAAACAUUAUAUUUAGAAUAUUAUAGAUAUAAAAGAUAUAAUGCAAUAGAAAAAACGAGAAUAGUAUAUUAUUAUAUAGAUGACAAAAAUAAAUAUUAUAGUCAAGAUUUUACCUACCCUGAAAACAUAAGAUUAUAUUAUAAAAAAUAUUCUGACACAAACCAGAAGAAACCUGAAAUAGUUGCGCUAUAUUUUAAGUUCAAAAGAGACAAUCUUAUAAGAUCUCAUAUGUUUGAUUUAAUGAACCCGGUUGGCUCAUUAUAUGUUUCAAUGAACUCUACCAGACCAGAAGUAAUGUUUGGUGUUGGUGUAUGGGAACAAAUAGUCGACAGGUUUUUGUAUUGUGCAAACUCUUCAAAGGAAACAGGUGGAAGUAAAACGAUUUCAGGUGAAAAUUUACCUGCACACAGUCACUACAUAGAUUUAAGUACAUCUCAAGCAGGUUGGCAUAAGCAUAAAUUUUGGGAUUGGUCAGCAAUGAAAAAAGGUAAAGGAUAUGAUGUUAAAGACGACGUUCAGUUUGCUAUAAAUUGUUUCUGGGGUGACACUCAGGGAGAUGGAAACCAUACACAUCGCGUUUCAGGGUAUACGCAAACAACGGGACAAAGUAAAGAAUACAUGCCACCUUACAUGACAGUUUACGCAUGGUAUAGAAUUGCUUAG